UUUCCGGGUCAGUUUCAUGGCGCUGCUCGGUAGGUACACGGUUUACUCCUCGAGGAGACAGCGGACUGAUCAGUACUGGGGGUUAAACUGAGUGGAGAUUUUUCUGGAGAGAGGGGAGUUCAGGCAGGAAGCGCGCAUCACGAUGGCCCCGCCGUCUGGCGCUAAUGCUAACAGUGACAUUGACGCUAAGGUCCUGCGGUACGAGGCGUUUGUCGACCAAGUUCUGAAACGAGACUUACAGAAGGUCUUGGAGCAGAGAGAUGAAAUCUAUGAGAAGAUCUCGCAGUACCUGCAACUGAAGAACACCUUACACAGCCUGCAGGAGGCGGGCUCCAAGAAGUUGAAGACUGAAGUGGAUUUGGGAUGCAGCUUUUUUGUGCAGGCUGAAGUGGAGGACUGCUCCAGGAUCAUGGUCCUGGUGGGCUUCGGCUUCUUCGUGGAGAUGACUCACGACGAAGCCCUUCGUUUCAUCGACAGGAAGACAGCUCAGCUGACAGCUUUAUCAGAUCAGCUGACCAAAGACUCAGCCAAGAUCAAGGCCAACAUCCGCAUGGUGCUGGAGGGCUUGAGAGAGCUGCAGUCGCUCUCUGAUCCCCCAAACAGCUCAUCCAGGGUCACCUAGCUGUUGGACAUCCAGGAUUCACCUUAAAAGAGCUGGACCAGGCUCAUGAUCCCGAAGGACGUUUGAUAGACACCAGUUCUAAUGACUGCAGAUGCCACAGGAGCUGGCUGACUGCUCCCCCUACUGGCCGAAGGCAGGAAUAACUUGCAGGAAGUAAACUGGGACUGAGUUCACCACAGAGCUCUAGACCAACAUGUUUGUGUUUUACAAUAAAGUGUUUCUA